AUUUACAAUCUCAAACAUUUAUCAAACUCUCUCAACUUCAUCUUCCGCUCCAAAAAAUCUUCUUGUCUCUCUAUAAUCAAUCGCACAGUAUGGAAUGCAAUCGCUGCACCGUGUGCUUUAUCGUUUGUGUGAUGAUCGUUGGUUUAUAUAUUACUAUCCUCGCGUUUGCAAUCAAAGAGGGUUCUCGCAAAAUCCCGGUGCCGAAAAUAGAAUUAGCUUCUAUGGAUUUCACGGUGCAAAAUAUUACACAAACUCGUCUUAGUGCAAAGUGGGAUUUGUCCAUAAGGAUCCCUGAUAAUCUUCCUGGUCAGUAUAUAUGCCUUCAAGGAGAACUUCAAGCUUCAUUUCUUUACAAAAAUGUUACUCUCGCUACCUCAUCACCACAAAAAUACUACAAUCUCAAACGCAACAAUCCUCAGCUUCUUAAGGUUUCAGCGGUUGUUUCCGGAGAAGAUGUCGGCGGUUUGCUUGGAAAAGACAUUAUGGAAGAUAUCAAAGAGAAGAAGGAAGUACAAUUCGGAUCGCGGUUUUCUCUUACUGAUUGCAGAGAAAAGACGACAGGAUUUAUGAGCUAUGCGUGCGAUGAAGUCACCUUGAGGUUCAAACCUGGAUUAGAGAUGAAGGCUACUGUGUUUGGCAACCAUCCAAAGUGCAUCAACUUUUGACCGAGUCUACGUAACCACUACCAGUUCAUUGAUUUUGAUUUUUUUUUUGCAUAUGUUUCGUUCAUUGUAAAGUUUUCAAAUUCUGUGUUUGAAUUUCUUUGGAAAUUAACCAUAUUUAGUCUC